UCUUGCUCUUGUUGUUGCUAGCACACACGUGCAGGUAGCAGCUCUCCGGUCCUCUUCCUUUGUUCCGGUGGUCCCGGCUCUUGGUGUGAACGGUUGAACAUGUCCCGGGUCCAGAAGUUCCGCCUCUUCGUGACUCAGAGACUGCACGUGGCGGUCGAAGAUAUUUUGGCGGCUUUUGAGGAAACACUCGUGAAGUACGAACAGGAAGCGGCUCUAACUCAGGAGGUGAUCUCCCGCCAGCACGCGCUACUCUGCGCGCUUAACAAGCCGCUCAUGGAGGCAGCUCAGUCCGGAGAUGUGAUCACCAAGCAGUUGUUGGUGAGUAAUGACUCCGUCCCCCUUGAGCACCAGGACCAGGAGACCCCAGAGCCCCCCCUUGUCAGAGAGGAGGGGGGGCCACCCCCACAUCUGGCCGAGGAUGAUAUCAUCCAUUUCACCUACAGCACCAGGUGUUCCGUCAGACCGGAUCAGGAGGUCCACCUGGUGUCAUCAGAGACCGAGGACAGCGAGGACUACAGCCAAGACCCUCCUGACCACCCGUCUGCCUCCCCCCACAGACACCCCUCUGUCUCACAACCCCCCUCUGCCUCCCCCCACAGACACCCCUCUGUCUCACAACCCCCCUCUGCCUCCCCCACAGACUCCCCUCUGUCUCACAACCCCCCUCUGCCUCCCCCCACAGACCCCCCUCUGUCUCACAACCCCCCUCUAGGUCCCCCGUCAGAGGCCCCUCUGCCUCCCCCCUCAGGUCCUCAGGAGGACAAGCCUGCAGGGUCUUACUGCGGCACCUGGAGAUCACGGAAAAAUUGA